UCCAAUAUGGCACCCCCAGAACUUUUUAAUUCUACUUCUUAUCCCUCCAUCAACACUAUACUCAUGGAAAAUUUCUUCAACAAACCUCUCUUCAUCUUUCUCUCUCUAUCCCAAGUUUAUUCUCUCCUCAACUUUCUCUUCGUCCUCCAUGGAAGACCAGUCACCACCGCCACUAGCAUCUCCACCCAAAACUUACAAAUUAACAGCUUCCUCAAUCUCCUAUAUCAAAUCAAGUUCCUCCAUUGUUCCCUCCUUCCUUUACAAAGCUUGCACAUCAUCACCUCCAUCUUACAUUCUGCGUGAUGUCUCACUCACUGCCUAUCCAUCUCAAAUCCUUGCCAUUGUUGGUCCAAGUGGAGCAGGAAAAUCCACUCUCCUUGACAUUUUAGCUGCUCGAAUUUCACCCACUAAUGGCACUCUCCUUCUCAAUUCUUCCCCUAUCAACCCUUCUUCGUUCCGCAAGCUUUCCGCUUAUGUCCCUCAACAUGAUGCAUGCAUCCCCUCGCUCACUGUCUCUGAAACUUUUGCCUUUUCAGCCCGCCUUCUUGUUCCUAAUCCAUCCCAUAUUGAUACCAUUGUUUCAACUCUUCUCGCGGAGCUCAAGUUAACACACUUGGCCAAUACUCGGCUGGCUCAUGGUUUAUCAGGUGGAGAACGUAGACGAGUCUCCAUAGGCCUCAGUCUCCUCCAUGACCCUGCUGUUUUGCUUCUUGAUGAGCCGACUUCAGGGCUCGAUAGCAGCUCAGCUUGCAACGUGAUGCAGAUCCUCAAAUCCAUCGCUAUUUCACGCCACCGCACUGUGGUUUUAUCCAUACAUCAACCAAGUUUCAAGAUCCUUUCUACAAUUGAUAGAAUUCUCAUGCUAUCAAAAGGGAGUGUUGUGCACCAUGGCACACUUUCUUCCCUACAAACAUUCUUACUCUCCAAUGGCUUUACUGUUCCCCCUCAACUUAACGCCCUUGAAUAUACCAUGGAAAUACUAAACCAGCUCCAGGAUAGUUAUAAAUCUAUUACACCACCACCUCUCCCUUCAUCACCUAAGGAUUCUGCCUUUAAUUCUGUUUCUUUUGAUCAUGAAGUGAAAAAUAUCAGAUAUAGAAGCUCAAGGAUCCAAGAAAUCUGCACUCUAUAUAAUAGGUCUUGGAAGAUUAUUUACAGAACAAGACAGCUGCUAUUGACAAACACAUUAGAAGCUCUUAUUGUAGGUCUUGUUCUAGGAACAAUCUACAUCAAUAUGGGAUAUGAUAAGCAAGGGAUAGAGAAGAGGUUUGGUCUCUUUGCCUUCACUCUCACUUUCCUUCUCUCCUCAACAACUGAAACUCUUCCGAUCUUCAUUAAUGAAAGGCAAAUUCUACUGCGAGAAACAUCAAGUGGGGUUUACCGGCUAUCGAGUUAUCUCAUUGCAAAUACUCUUGUUUUUUUGCCAUACUUGCUUGCAGUUGCAGUCAUAUACUCAUUCUCGGUCUACUUCUUAGUGGGGCUUUGUGGUUCAUGGCAAGCUUUUGCUUACUUUGUUUUGGUCAUUUGGGUGAUAGUUAUAAUGGCUAAUUCUUUUGUUCUCUUCUUGAGCUCUCUAGCACCAAAUUACAUCGCCGGAACUUCACUUGUAACAAUACUUCUCGGUGCUUUCUUUCUCUUCUCUGGCUACUUCAUCUCAAAAGACAGUUUGCCCAAGUAUUGGCUCUUCAUGUACUUCUUUUCAAUGUAUAAAUAUGCCCUCGACGCUCUCCUUAUCAAUGAGUAUUCUUGCCUUUCGUCAAGGUGCUUUAUUUGGUACGAAGAGAACAGCACGUGCAUGGUGACAGGAGGAGAUGUGUUGGAGAAGAGAGGACUCCAUGAGAGGCAGAGGUGGACAAACAUUUAUUUCUUGAUUGGAUUCUUUGUGCUUUACCGGGUGCUUUGUUUCAUGGUUUUGAUCAGAAGGGUUUCACAAUCAAAGAAGUGAAGAGGCCGGUGCAGAGAUCAUUAUCAAGUUUAUUUAGUGUUCUUUCAACAUGCUUUUGGGAAUCUGUUUCUAAAACUUUGAAGCUUUCGUUAUGGAUUCUGAGUCUUCAUUGAU